AGCCAGGGACCAGUCAUUCGACAAACAGCCGCUCCCGAGUACGGUUCGAGAGCCCUACGGAUCGAAAAACAUUCGAAAAUCGAGCCCAUGACUUAUAUAUAGAGGCGUAGUGUUCGAUUUGUUUACGUCGUGACGUCGUGACGCGAGUGCCAGAGCCAGACAGUGCGAGUGCCAGACCCAAACAAGAGUCAGAUAAAAAAUAUCAAAACACACACAAAAUGAUUAGCACCACGGAUUAUCCAGUGCCGGAAACCACAACGCCGGGCAGUGAGGAGCUGUACGCGGAAUACAUAUCCGCCCCGGCCAGCAGCAUGAGCCCCGCCGCUAUCGCCGAGCAUCUGCAGCAGAACAAGAUCACCUUCGAGAUACCCAGUGCCCACGACCUGCGCCACAUCGACGCCCUCAACUCGUUCAACUCCCUGCUCCAGAGGAUCGGCAACGUGCCGGUCGCCUACGACCCGGCUCCGCCCAGCGGCUGGUCGCCGGACGGCAGCAUCAGCACCGAGCAGCUCUCCAAGUCGGUGGUCCUCGACCUGGCCGACCUUCGGGAUGGGUCCGAGGAGGGCCAGGAUGCGGGCUGGUGGGGCCAGGUGUUCGGCGAGGCGGACAUGCACGUGAUUAUCAACUAUCUGUGGAUCGGAGUGGUCACCUCGCUGGUGGUCCUCUCGCUGGUCUUCAUCCUCUUCAGCUGCUACUUCUACAGGAAGUUCCGCACUUGGAAGAAAUGCAAUAAGGACAUACGUGCCCAGAUCCAUGCCGCCAGCGAUUCUAGUUACUCCACGCACCUGGUCAACUGCGACGCCAGUCGGCUGCUCCUCCACCAGCAGCAGCAGCAGAUCCAGCAGCAGCACCAGCGGAACAAUGAGGCCGCCUUCUACCAAAUUGAAUCGCCGCCCUGCUAUACGAUUGCCACCGGACUGCCCAGCUACGACGAGGCACUGCAUCAUCAGCCCCGUCACUUUGCCUACGGCAUGAAGUUUGUGUAUCCUACACUGGCAGCUGUGCAUCAUCAUCAUCACCAUCCGUUUCCUCGGCCCGCGGCGGCUGCCUGCGUAACCAAUUGGGAAAAGGACGAAAUGCAGCACCAGCAGCAGAACCAGCAGCCGCAUCAGGAACUGAAUAAGCUGCAAAAGUGCAAACUGUCAGCGCCAGAAGAGGAUAAAGCCCCAUCCUGCGACUUGGCCGCAGCAACGCCUGCCAUUUGCAUUAACAUGCCAAAUGGUCGGGGGGAUGAGGAUGCGGCUCUGGGAGCUGAGGAGGAUGUGGCAACAAGGAUGCCACCACCCACCACACAAAGUUUGCAGCCAGCGGCUGCUGCUGACGAUGAUUGCGCCUCAUUGGUCGUUGUUGUUGCCGCGUGAUUGCCCAGCCACUAAGCUGAACCGGAGGAGGAGCUGGAGGGGUCAAGAGUUUACGGGGAGGUCAGGGAGGUAGCAGCCCAAUUGCUUAGUCACUUGUAAAUAGUUGCAUCGUCUGCUGCUAAUGUUGUUCACCCACGUAGAGACUUAUAGCCUAAUAACAUAAAUCACCAACCCCACCCAGCCUCGCCCUUUAGCCCUUUAACCAAAAUUUAGUUUCUGUUUUUAGUUAUCUGUUAUGUAUUAUUGUAUUACGCAAGACUGAGUAUUAUUUAUUGUACUAUCUAUUGAUUAAGUCCUAAUGUUUAAGCCCGAUAAUGAGAAGGAGUCCAAAAAUAUACACAAAAUGCAAAACAUAAAACGAAAAA